AGAGACACUUUGCCUGUUUUCGUUAUUUUUACAAGGUCUAGCCAUAUCAAAAAACAAUACAGUUUACACCACUGAGAGGUCAACUUUGAUGUUGACAUUUAACAUACAUAAUUACAGCUGGCGUUACUUAUAUGACACAAACCUCAAUAGGCAAGAAUACAAAAUGGUAUUUAGACCAAUUCUUAUACAAAUCCAGAUGAUAAAUGUUACAGCAAGCGAUACAGGACAUUACUAUUUGUGCAGCAAUCAUCGUUAUAUUUCUGCAACGGAAUUUAACAAAAAACUUGCAGAAACGACUUAUGAAAUACGAGAAGGGAAGCAAAGAGUAAUUACAAGAAGAUCGUCAGAGGUUUUAAGCUAUAUAACCGAUUUGUUUCUUUGUCAUGAUGGGAACGAAGUUGUCUUUUCAAGAAGAAAGAACUUCCGAAAAUUCAGCACCUUUACCUUGCAUGUUUACAGUACCCCUGCAGUCAAAGGCUUUCUUGCACUUGAUCUCUCAUAUGUUUUUUCUUCGAUUGUGCUGAAAAUAGCAAAAUUAUGGUUUAUUAACCAAACGGAUUUAAACACAAUAGUUGGACAGGAAGGUACACCUAUGGAGAUCAAAUGUUCAUCUGACACUGAACAGUACAUUACUGCUUUAAAGUUAGAAUAUAAAGAUUCAAUCAUAGCAGUUGGUGAUAAUCAAUAUGUGAGUUUUUUGUUUAUACCAGACAGAACAGACCAUAUGACAAAAUGUAAAUGUCUAGACAGUACUCACUCGUCGAUGAUGAUUGAAGUUCAGUUAAUCAUUAUGUAUGCCCCUGCAGUUACAGUUCGUUAUACGAAUGAAACGGUGGAAUGUGACGGACAUGGAAAUCCAGAAAUAUAUAAUGUGUACCGCUUAGUUCAAUUAUCAAAGUCUUUUGAACUUGUACGUUCAGUGAGUUUGAAUAAUGAAACAUUCAUUUUCAACACGAACCUUUUUCCAUACCAGCGAAAUGGUAGAUAUAUGUGUGUUGUUAGUAAUGGUAUACCAGAUAUUAAUGGAAAGGUUCUACAGACUGAGUCAAUAUACCUAAAAUAUGAAGGUCCACCAGUGUUUUCACCAGAAAACAGAAUUGUAAAAACUGGAGAAGUAGGACAAUCAAUAACACUGUCGUUUCAGAUCUACAGCUACCCUGAAGUUGAAAAUAUAUCGAUAGAAAAAAUAGGACAGAACCAAAAAAAGUAUAAAAAAGAUAAAAAAUACAACAUUCGGAAAUCUACAUUGCAUUACACGGAGACUGGCAACAUGGUAGGAAUUCCAGGUUAUGAGAUCUUGAUUGAAACUGAAGCAUUAGAAGUAGAUGAUUUUCAAGCUUAUCUGAUAACAGCAAAGAAUCGCUUGGGCGAAAGCAAUUAUCAUUUUGAAAUUAUAGAUAUUGAUAGUCUCCCCUUGGGCAAAAGUAAAAGAAUAAAUUUCGUAGUAGUUUGCUGCAUAGCUACCAUUCUACUUGUUUAUUUGACGAUUACUCACGUCUGUUUAUGUGUAAAAUAUGUAAAGACUCGGGAUCAAAGACUACAUAAUCUGCAAGAAGACCACACUUAUCACACAUAUGAUGAAAUUGACACAGUUUCGUUCCGCGUUGUCAGCAACUUACGUUCGGCACAGACGACCGACAAUCUAGGUCAGAACCCGACGGAAGGGCAUACAGCUGGUGUCUCAACUGAUGCUAAUCUGCAAUCAACCAAUGAGUAUACAACUGAAUUGAAUGCAGACUUUCUCAAUGAUGGGUUACAACAACAUGAGAUAACAGAAGUGCACGGGCAAAGUAUGUCUACACCUUUGAUUGACACGAACCUUUCUAAUACAGAUUUAUCGCCGAUUACGUCUUCUGUUAUAUUAAGAAUGGAGAAUGUCGCAAAUUGCAAUCAAACUAAUGAAAAUACAGAGACAUCAAGUGAACAAAAGAGUAAAACUUGUAAUGACUCUGAUAGUGGAUCAUCAAAUAAUGUUAUGGUAGGCAAUGUAAGAAAUGAAUAUGAAAACAAUUACCAACUGCAAGAUGGUCACCUGUACCUUGAUAUCCUUGAUGACAGACAGAUCAGCAUCUCAGCUACUGACUCUAGUACAAACAACCAACAAAAGAGUCAAACAAUUAAUGCCUCUUAUAGAAGACCAUCAUAUAAUGAUAUGGUAGGCAAUGUAAGAAAUGAAUAUGAAAACAAUUACCAAUUGCAAGAUGGUCACCAGAACCUUGAGAGCAUUGAUGACAGACAGAUCAACAACUCAACUACUAACUUUAGUACAAACAAACAACAAAAGAGUCAAAUUAGUAAAGACUUUGAUAGUGGAUCAUCAAAUAGUGUUAUGGUAGGCAAUGUAAGAAAUGAUUAUGAAAACAAUUUCCAAUUGCAAGAUGGUCACCUGUACCUCGAGAUCCUUUAUGACAGACAGAUCAACAUCUCAUCUACUGACUCUAAUACAAAAACACAACAAAGGAGUCAAACUAGGAAUGACUCUGAUAGUGGACCAUCAAAUAAUGUUAUGGUAGGCAAUGUAAGAAAUGAAUAUGAAAACAAUUACCAAUUGCAAGAUGGUCACCUGUUACUUGAAAUUCUUGAUGACAGACAGACCAGCAUCUCAUCUACUGACUCUAGUACAAACAACCAACAAAAGAGUCAAACAAUUAAUGCCCCUUAUAGAAGACCAUCAUAUAAUGAUAUGGUAGGCAAUGUAAGAAAUGAAUAUGAAAACAAUUACCAAUUGCAAGAUGGUCACCUGCUCCUUGAAAUUCUUGAUGACAGACAGACCAGCAUCUCAUCCACUGACUCUAAUAAAAACGAACAACAGCCACUUGAGACAAUAUCGACAACGGAACCAGUUUACAUCAAUCUUUAGUUCUAAUUUAUGUUCAACAAACUCAAUUAAGACUUGAUCGACCAAUUUAUUUUAGCUUGGAGGCAGUGGAAACAAAUAUACAUACAGAAGACAGCAAUAAGUAAGUGAAUAACUACUUUCUUAUAAACAUUUGAAUGCACUCUGCGUCUGCUUUCGACUAAUGGAAGGAUUGUUUAGCAUAUAAGUAGUAAAACUGUUAAUGGUUUUUUGUAUAUUUUACCACAAUGAAACUGUAUAUGAUAACUUGUAUGUAAAUAUAAAAUUGUAUAUUU